GCUUAUGCUCGGAACACUGACUCUUCUGUUCCUCGGAUGCUGCCUGAACGGCAGUGCUUUUCCAGCACUAUACUUAUUGACAUUGUUUAUUGAGGGCAGAGUGACCGUCUGUGCGCCUGCGUAAAGAUUCGCCCUGGCCACUUUGGCCUUUUUUUUUAAUCAACCUGCUGCAGAGUUAACACAACACCUCUGAAGCUAGUGAGAGUCUCCGGCACACACCACCCUGUGCCACAGAGCCCCUGGAUGUCAUUGCAGUGGACGAAGAGCCUGACCACGGAAGACUUGAGCACACCCCAAACCUCUCAGCGUAAUUUCUCCAGAUCGCUGUGCGCAGGCGCCAGCUCAUGGAUGGUCACGUGACGGUUCCGUUCUUGGAACGCAGUGACGUUGCGCGCACCAGCUGGUGGAAUGUUGAGACAAUGGCUGCGCCGUUCUAUAGGUUGAUGUCUCGCUGUAGCCGUUUGUCCAGAAGGACCCUCUCCCUGGCUCUGCUCCACAGCAGGAAACGAAGGUGGCAAAGAGUGGCACUAGGGCUGGGUGCAACGCUGGCCGCUAUUCCCAUUUCACAGUCGCAAUCUGCGUCAACGUCUCUCGCCCAUGAGGAUUUAAUCAAACGGGCUGUCUCAUUGGUAACUGAUGGGGCCAAUACUUUCCUGUCACAAACAACACUUGCACUUAUUGAUGCUUUGACAGAAUAUACUAAGGCUGUCCACACUUUAGUCUCCCUUCAGCAGCAGUACUCUGGUCUUGUUGGCCACAUAAGCGAAAAAGAGGAAGAUGCCAUUUGGCAGGUCAUAAUUGAGGCUCGCGUAAAGAGUAACAUGUAUCGAGAAAAGUAUUUGAGCUUCGAGUCAAAAUGGUUGACUGCAAUCAAGGUGUCUGAAAUGGCAGCAGAGGCUGCAUAUCAAGCAGGUGCCGAUUCAGCGUCAGUAACUGCACACACUCACAUACAGAUGGCACAGACCCAGGUGGCUGAGAUCAAGCAACUGGCCCUGAAAGCGGAGGCUAAACUGGCUCAAGUACAAGUCGAAGAAAUUCAUCUCAAAAGAACAGAAGAAGCUGCAGUGAAAGCCAGCAAAGAGAUUGCAAACCUGUCAGCGAAAGACGAUGAAAUACCUGAACAGUAUCUCCGGGAAGACUAAUCUGCUCAAAAGAAAUAAUUUGCUGUACAUGGGAAUUAGGGACUAGAGCAAUUUGAGAUUUGCAAAUGUUUGUAAAUUAUACAGUAACAAUUUUGUAAUAAACAGUUUGUUCAUUUUUUUAGAUUUCCUAGAGAUCAUUUUGGGGAAGAAAAAAAUUAUCAAAAUAGAAAUGCUAACUAAUCAGUUGUGCCAACUUGGACUUUUGCAAAAUUGUGUGUUUAUAUCAUGUUAAAUGUCCAUUUUUAGCUGGACCGUCCACCUUCUGUGUGUAACCAGAGAACUGCUGUAAUAACUAAAGAAGGGACCUUCUUUCCUUCAGUAAAGUUCAAAUAAUUUCUAAAUAAGCAAGUCAUUUAGCUGAACAGAAGGCUAUUGGAUGUAGUUCCUCUGAGUAGGUGGAAUAUGAAAUCUCAGCACAGCAUGUAACUCCCAAUAGCUCUGAGUUUACUGUGGUAUUGUAAUAGUUUGACUGAAGUUUUCCGUUUCCUUUUCAAAAGAAUCCAGUUAGCUUCGCCUGAUUCAGGUUUGUUACCGUUCAAGACUUUGAUGUUUUCUGUUGCCUUGAACAGUGUUGGUGAUGGAGAGGAAAAAUGGGAGAAUGUGACAAGAGAAACCAAGCUCUUGAGAGUGAGAGCAUAAAUUUGAUUCUCUCCUUGGGGUUUAAACUAAGUGGUGCCUAUCUUAUUUCCAUGUAUUUUCAUCUCUGCUAAUCUCCCCUCACGUUUUGCCAAUUCUUGCUUCCACCCCUGAGAGACUAGAUAUCACCAAUUCCUAACAUGAAAGUCAGUGGCUAUUUGGCAGCAAUAACAGCUCACCAUUUACUUGUCCAGGCCUCCCUCCAUCUCUUGGGCUUGCAUGCUGUUUAGUUUGUCACUGUUUAGAGUGUUGAACAUUCAAGGGACUAACCAUGUCUUUUCUUAGUCCAGGGGCUAUAUUUGGUCUGCCCACAAGUAGGGAUUAGUGAGCUUGCAGUGCCACAUCAAUACUGCAGGCCAAGUGCAGCCAUUCUGGGGGAUUACCAACUACUGCAGUAGAGCUUAUAAACUGUGGGGAGUUCCAUGCUGUGCUGUGAUUGCAAGUUCCCACCUACUCAGUCUGUGUUAGGCUGUACUCAGUCAGGGCUGUCCUCCCAAGUUAGUCUGGGUGGUUGGUCACUGACAAUCAGGUAUUAGUAAUUGGGGUAAUCUGUGCUGUAGCAAAGAAAAUGGGAAGCUCAAACUAGAGGUUGUAUUCAUUGGACAGGGUUGCCAUGGGCAUGAUGGUUAAAAAGAAGUAAUUCAAGAAAGUGUACUCUCAUUGUGUAAGAGGAGAUGGGUAGUUGCUGAAAUUGUUACAAGUGGCUAUCAGUCUGGCCUCAGCGUGAAAGUGUAUGACCAAUAAAAGUAUGGCAAUUUGCAAAA